AUGUCGCGCGUGUUCCGCUUGUACGGCUCGUUCUGCGCCACCCACCCGUGGGAGGUGAUCGUGGCCGUGGUGACCCUCACGACUUGCCUGCUCACCGUCGACCAGAAGAAGGAGCCCCCGGCGCAGCCCUGCCCCGGAUGCUUCGAGGAGCAGUUCAAGGCGGUGGACGUCAUCGUCAUGACCGUGAUCCGGUGCUUGGCCAUCCUGUACAGCUCGCACCAAUUCCGCAACUUGCAAAAGCUCGGCUCCAAGUACAUCCUCGGCCUCGCCGGCCUCUUCAUCGUGUUCUCCAGCUUCGUGUUCACUUCCACUGUCCUGAAUUUCCUCCAAAUCGAUCUGGUGGAUCUGAAGGACGCGCUGUUCUUUUUCCUGUUGUUGAUUGACCUGUCCAAAGCGGCCACUUUGGCCCAGUUCGCGCUGACUGCCUCCAGUCAGGAGGAGAUAAGUAGUAAAAUUGCAAGGGGCAUGUCUGUCCUGGGGCCCACUAUUACGCUGGAUACGGUCGUCGAGACUCUAGUCAUUGGGGUGGGGACCCUGUCGGGGGUCCACCGCUUGGAGAUGCUUUCGUAUUUUGCGUGUCUUUCCGUUUUAGUCAAUUAUGUUAUUUUCAUGACGUUCUACCCCGCGUGUUUGUCGCUAAUGUUGGAGUUGGCCCGAAUCUCGAAUUUCUACGGGGAAAAGCAACCAAUUGUCUCGAAAAUGCUGCUCGAAGAGAACGAAAAAGCAAAUCCAGCUGUACAACGUGUUAAACUCAUAAUGUCAAUCGGACUCACUGCUGUGCACGUCCACAGUCGUUGGUUCGUCAAAGACGAAAGCACAGACAGCGAAAUUAUCACAAACACCGACCACCAAAAUUGUGCCGAAGACUCAGUUUACGGUUAUUUGAUGAAACAGUUCGCUCUGAGUGCCGACCACAUCGUAAUCCUAAUCCUGGUGGUGACCCUGAUCAUCAAAUUCAUAUUUUUCGAAAACGACGACCACUUGAAACAAGCUAUAGACGAUGAGCCACCUCACGUCCUCAAACGCCAAAAAUGCAUCACCAAAGCCGAGUCAAUAAACGAGGAGAAGGAAGUUCAAACCAACGACGAAGAAAUCGAAAGUUUGGACGAGACAAACACCCGAAACCUCGAAGAGUGUCUCCAGAUUUACCGCUCGGACGGAGCGUCCAAACUUAGCGAUAAGGAAGUGAUCCUACUCAUUGACACCAAACACUUGCCGGCCUACAAUUUGGAAAAAGCGGUCAAGAAUCAAGAACGCGGGGUUAAAAUCCGGCGCCAACUGAUCCAAAGUUUGGCCAAAUGCGAGUCAGCGUUUCUCAACCUCCCGUAUAAACACUAUGACUAUAGUAAAGUCAUGGGUGCGUGUUGCGAGAACGUGAUUGGAUACAUUCCCGUACCAUUGGGCGUGGCUGGGCCUUUGGUACUUGAUGGUAAACAAUACUACAUCCCCAUGUCGACCACUGAGGGUUGCCUGAUUGCCAGCGCCAAUCGGGGCUGUCGUGCGGUGGAACAUUGCGGUAUUAAGAGCCGAAUCGUUUCCGACGGAAUGACUCGAGGGCCUGUCGUUCGUUUUAAUUCCAUAACGAAGGCGUCCGAAGUCACGCUCUGGUUGGAAAAACCGGAGAAUUUCCUCAAAGUCAAGGAAAAUUUCGAUUCGACGAGUCGUUUCGCGCGUUUGUCGCGGAUUACAAGCCGGGUUGCUGGUAGAUACCUGUUUUUGCGGUUCGUGGCCGAGACGGGUGAUGCCAUGGGCAUGAAUAUGCUGUCGAAAGGGACGGAAAAAGCGCUGUUUUUCGUCCAGAGGUUCUUCCCCGAGAUGGAGAUUCUGAGUUUGAGUGGGAAUUACUGCGCGGAUAAGAAGCCAGCCGCUGUGAAUUGGGUCGAAGGCCGGGGGAAGUCCGUGGUUUGUGAAGCGAUAGUUUCGGGUGAUGUCGUUUCGUCAGUAUUAAAGUCGUCGACGCAGGUCUUGGUCGAUUUGAACACUUCCAAGAAUAUGAUCGGGUCGGCCAUGGCCGGGAGUAUUGGGGGGUUUAAUGCCCACGCUGCCAACAUCGUGACCGCGAUUUUCAUCGCAACUGGCCAAGACCCCGCUCAGAACAUAGCCAGUAGUAACUGUAUUACCAUAAUGGAGCCGUGGGGCGACAAUGGGCAAGAUUUGUACGUUUCUUGCACCAUGCCAUCCAUCGAAAUCGGUACCAUUGGCGGUGGUACCAUCCUUCCAGCGCAGUCUGCGUGUUUGGAUAUGUUGGGUGUGCGGGGGCCCAACGAGGAGUCCCCAGGAGCCAACUCCAAACAACUGGCGAGGAUUGUCUGUGCGACAGUUCUGGCAGGGGAGUUGUCGCUAAUGGCGGCUUUAGCGACAGGACAGUUAGUUAAAAGUCACUUAAAGUACAAUCGUUCGUAUUCAGAGAAGGAUUCUCAGGAUUGUUGUAAAACUUAGAUUUAAUAAAUAGUGAAAAGUAUAAAA